GCGCGGCGUGGUGAGCGAGAGGGGAACAAAACGCACUCCCUCACCGACUCUCAUUUCGUAUCGUGUUUAUUUCGGAAUUCACCGCCGGUUGGGUGUGUCGCGUUCUAACAAUAUACAAGAAUCAACCAAGAUGAGCGGACAGCAGUAUUACCCGUACAAGUGUACCCCAACGGUGUACCCCGCGGAGCCGUUCGACCCGGCCGCGGACGCCGAGACCCUGCGCAAGGCCAUGAAGGGCCUGGGGACUGAUGAGAAGGCCAUCAUCGACGUCCUCUGCCGUCGCGGCAUCGUGCAGCGCCUCGAGAUCGCCGAGACCUUCAAGACCAACUACGGAAAGGAUCUGAUCAGCGAACUGAAGAGCGAAUUGAGCGGCAACUUGGAGAACGUAAUAAUUGCACUGAUGACCCCCCUGCCGCACUUCUACGCAAAGGAGCUCCACGACGCCGUCGCGGGAAUGGGCACUGAUGAAGAAGCCAUCAUCGAGAUCCUAUGCACCCUCUCCAACUAUGGAAUCCGCACCAUCUCCGCCUUCUACGAACAACUGUACGGCAAGAGCUUGGAAUCCGACCUGAAAGGUGACACGUCGGGUCACUUCAAGCGCCUCUGCGUGUCCUUAUGCAUGGCCAAUCGUGAUGAGAACCAGGGCGUCGACGAGGGAGCCGCCAAGGCCGACGCCGAGGCUCUCGCCAACGCCGGAGAGGGCCAGUGGGGCACCGACGAAUCCGUCUUCAACUCUAUCCUCAUCACCCGCUCCUACCAACAGCUGAGACAGGUAUUCGCCGAAUACGAGGCUCUGACAGGCAAGGACAUCGAAGACUCGAUCAAGAAGGAGUUCUCAGGAAGCGUUGAGAAGGGAAUGCUCGCUAUUGUGAAAUGCGUGAAGAGCAAGGUUGGAUUCUUUGCCGAGCGACUCUAUUACUCAAUGAAGGGCCUUGGCACCAACGAUAAGACCCUGAUCAGAAUCGUGGUCAGCCGCUCCGAGAUCGACCUCGGAGACAUCAAACAGGCCUUUAUGGAGAAAUACGGAAAGCCCCUGGAGACCUGGAUCGCCGACGACACUUCCGGCCAUUACAAGAAGGCUUUAUUGACCCUUGUCGAAUAAAUUCCGAGAUUCCCAGUGAUCAGGACAGCAUCGCGAUUACCACCUUAUUUAGAAAUAAUGUUAAGUUCUUUCUGUGUCAAUUGUUAGGUUGUUAAGUGGCCUGUUAGGUACGCGCAAUGGGGGCAAAUCUGUCACUUAAAAUAGUCACAAAUUAGAGGUACUUAUUUAAACUCGCCUGCACCGGUAAGGAGGAGCUAGUCGACACGGAGUCUCAGACAGUUCUGGCCCCUGCGCGCCGCUACUAAUAGGUAAUCUGUAUAUUUCGUUCACAAAGAUCUGUAUAUUUUGCUUCUUAUCAUGUUCAUGUUAACUUUCUUUGCACAGUAGCUAACAGCUUCAGUGAAGUGUGCAUGAGGGGUCGUGGUCGGCAAGUCGCUCCACGCUCGACUUUAGUUUUUUCAAGUAGUAAUUGCGAUUUUUUCAGGAUGAAAUUGGAGGCUCGCUGGGCUAUCUCCUUUCUACGAUGUCUUACUAAAGCCACCUCGAGCUUAAACAUUUAAAACUCAGUAUUACGAGUCGCCACACUCUGGUGUUAUAGUAACAGUGCUGUGUGAACUUAUAUUUUUAAUAUACUUAUUGUAAUGGAGUACAUAUACUUAUUGUUGCAUUUGAAACUUUAAAGACAUUUAUUUUAUUUUUUUUAGCUACUUAAGAAAUCUCUUGACUAUAAUCUCACGCUUAACAAUGCACGUAUUGAGUGAUAUAAAUUAAACAAUCUCAAAAUUAUGGGCCAGUUUCAGAGUCUUUAUUUUUUUCUAACUUUAGCGUUGGAUUUUUCCGCAUUGUUUACAGGAAGACCUAACGGGUGACUUCAGGAAUGUGCUAGUCACACUUUGUGCUUAAAUCCUGCAAAAUAAUUUUUGUGUUUGGAUAUUUUUAAAUCGUGUUCGUUGAGUUUUGCAUGCUGUUCUAAGUUCUAAAUUAUUUCCAAAUUCCGUUACAAGUACAAUGUAAUAUUUUGCAGGAUGAUACGAAAGGGGACUACAAACGCGUGUUACUCACUCUCGUUUCGUAAGAGCAUAAUAAUAAUAAUAAAUUAAGACUUGAAAUGUUCGCCUUGCAUUCGCAAUGUUCCGAUCUGAUACUGCCUUUACAUUGUAUAACUGUUGAUGUUGUAGAAAUAAAAGCUUGAUAUUUUUGUGAAAAUGAGAUAUUUAUUGGUGCUGUAGUUUUGUUUACAAUAUACUACAUAUUUAUAUUAAGUAUAAUUAUAACUAUGUAUGUUCA